AGUUUUCUUUACUUGAACCCCUUGCCAGACGGCUAACAAAGUCACCAUGCCUACUAUAUUCCACAGAUAUAACGUGCUUCUUAAAAAUUAUCCAUUCCGUACCAAUAUGAUAACCACGGGGAUAUUGUUUGGUGUCGGUGAUGUUAUUGCACAAUCACUUUUCCCACAUAAAACACUGCACACUGAGAUCACCGAGCGCGGAGAUACUCGUGAAGUUGAAGUGGUGUCUGAGUAUACAUUUGUACGUACAGCACGAGCUGUUGCUUAUGGUUCUUUCUUCUUUGCACCCAUCAGUGUAUUAUGGCACGGGAAAACAUUACCCAAGAUCAAGAAUCCAUUUGUCAGCUUAAUGAGAAGAAAUAGAAUGAAGGAACAUCCUCAACUCAAGAAAAGAUUGCACUUUUACGAUACUGUGUUCAGGUUAACUAUUGAUCAAUUGAUAUUCCCUGCAUUUGUGUGGAUUCCAUUGUAUAAUACUGUUAUGGUAACGCUUGCAUUACAUGAAAACCCACUUGAGUUGGUGAGACAAAAGUUGGAAAAUAAUUGGUGGAAUGUUCUUAAAGCAAGUUGGACAGUCUGGCCAGGAUUCCAAUUGUUUAACUUGUAUUUCAUUCCUGUCCAUCUUCGGAUUGUUUGUCUGAACAUUUGGGCAACUGGUUGGAACGCAUUUUUAAGUUUUGUUCAUAACACAAAGGGUCACGGUAAGGGAAGUGGUAAGAGAAUUGAAGAGUUGCUUGAUAUUGAAGAUGAUGAACAAGAAAUAACCAUGGUUUAUGAUUAGAUUUCCAUGGCUUUCUUUUGUGCUGCAAAAAAAAUAAAAAUUACAGGCGGCCAAAUGCGUACGUAAAUAUUCGUGCGCAACUCAAUUCCACCAUCACAAAGUCGCAACUAUAGUUGUUAUCAACUCACCCCCCUUUUAAUAUUUAUUCUACAACAAACAACAUAGCAAUCACAAAUUAUUAUUUAUUAACUGCUAAAACUGACAGGCGGAAUUUUAAUAGAAUUAUGGUAGAGGACAAUAUGCUGUCAGUAACCAAAGGAAUGAGCAGUGUAGUUUCACGAUACAACCAUAUGCUUUUGAAGCAGCCACUAGUGACUAAUAUGAUAUCCACAGGGUUUUUAUUGGGAACUGGAGAUGUCAUUGCUCAAGUUUUUUUCCCACAAGAUCCAGAUCAACCAUUUGAUUUUAAGAGAAAUUUGAGAGCAGUGAUUUAUGGAUCAAUCAUUUUUGCACCUAUUGGAGACAAGUGGUACAAAUUUCUCAACACGGCAAUCAAACUGCCUUGGAAGAGAAAGGUACUUUCUGAGAGAACAAUUUCCACAAUGAUGCGGGUUGCAGUCGAUCAAUUGGUUUUUGCUCCAUUUAUAGGUAUUCCGUUGUAUUAUUCAGCAAUGACUAUAAUGGAAAAUAAACAACCAUACCUUGAGAAUAUUGCUGCUAAAUUCCGUACUAGUUGGUGGGUUACUUUGAAAGGCAAUUGGUUAGUGUGGCCGAUUUUCCAAUGGUUUAACUUUUAUUUGAUUCCAGUCCAAUUUCGUUUGUUGGCUGUGAAUAUUAUCAGUAUUGGAUGGAAUACUUAUUUAAGUUAUAUCAUGCAUAGUAGGUGAUUGUUUAUUUAUAUAUUUAUUCAUUAAACAGUAUUAAACUAG